AACCCCAACCAUUUUACAACUUUAGUUUAAAAAAUUAAUUCGUUGUUAGAGCACUACAAUCUUACGGAACAAAGAUUGAGAAAAAAAGUGUCAAUUGACUGAUGGUUGUUUAGAGAAAAAGGAUUUGAAUUGAAUUUAAUAAAUGUUAUAAAUUUAAAUUUUAAAUAUUUAUUGAAAAAAAUAAAGAGAAUGGUUUAAUAAAAAGUUAAGGUGCUUGCUAUUACUUUUCUUUAACUGGAAUAAUUUAAAUAAUAUUUUUUUUCGUGUAACUACUUGAGAAAAAAAGUGAAAUAAAAAAAAAUAACAAAUAACGCAAAAAAAAAAGAAAAAGUUGAAAAUUGUUUUUCUGUUUUAAGUGGAAAUUCAUUGAAAUGUAAAGCAUUUAAAAACGCGCUUUUCUUUAAACUGCAAGUUGGCGUGUUUGCCACCAAAGAAAGAGAGAAAGAAAAAAAAUAGAAAACUGGCAAAAUUAACUAAAAAUAAUUGUUAAAAAGUCUAAAAAGUAAAGUGUUUUUUAUACUUAAAAAAAAAAACUUAGUUCAUUAAAGACAAAUUAAAAAGUAAUAAAUAAAAUCUUUGAAAUAAAACCGCUCCUAAAUUUUGUAACGGAAACAAAUCAAUAAAGCAAAUUUGAAAUUCCUAUAUCAAUAACAAACAUGUCAAAUCUAAGUAAAACCACUGCCUCCCUGGUAAAGCGCACCUCUUUUUCGGCUGCUGUAACACCAUCAAUGAUUUCACAGCAUAUCCCACCACAACCGGAAUCACAUGGAAAUGAAGUCAAUAAUAAAUCUCGCACUAAAUUAAGUCAAAACAAUUCCAAAUCGAAUAAUGCCGAUAAAAUACGUUCCUAUAAUGAAGUACCUGGUCCCUGGGGCAUGCCCUUUAUUGGCAAUUCUUGGCGUUUUGCACCAGUUAUUGGUCAUUACAAAAUCAGUGAACUUGAUAAAGUUAUGAAAGAAUUACACAUAAAUUAUGGUAAAAUUGCCAAAGUUGGCGGUUUAAUUGGUCAUCCCGAUUUGCUGUUCAUAUUCGAUGGCGAUGAAAUACGUAAUAUAUUCAAAAAGGAAGAAACUAUGCCGCACAG